CCAGAGUAGCGCAACAAUCAGACUUCAUUUAUAACUGCUCUAGUUAAAGCAGCUCAAGAAGUGUAUAAUAUCAAGUCUCACCGUUUAUCCUCUUCUUGCACUCAGAUUUUUCACUCCUCCCAAAGACGAAACCACCAGCUAGUCAACAUGGCAACCUCAAGCUCCAACGUGCAGCUAGCACUCACGACUGCCUCCUCACUAAUGGGCAUCGUCGCGGUCUCCGGUGGUAUCUACGGCAUGGCCAACCCGCUAGGCUUCUCCUCCACACUCGGCAUCCCCAUCACAUCCUCCACAUCGCCAGCACUCCCGUUCGUCUCCUUCGCCGCCGCGAGGAAUCUAGGUUCAGGUGUAACGAUGCUAGCUCUCCUCGCUACAGGACAGAGGAAAGCUGUUGGUACGGUGUUGCUGUGUGGUACUGUGGUUGCGUGGGGUGAUGCUUGGGUUUGCAAUAGUUCUGGGGGAAGUGGAGAUAAGACGGUUGGGCAUGCGGUUGCAGGUGUUAUUGCAGCAGCUUUGGGCUGGGGGAUGAAUUGGGUGUUUUAGGUAGUAGAG